AUCAGUCAGCACAAAUGUACCAAAGUUCAGAGAGCUGUUUACUUCGGGACAACUGCGAAUGGCAGCAGGACCUCAGCUCAAGGCUGCAUCUGUCUGCCAUUUCUCUCUGUCUGACCUCGUUUCAGGAACCUGACAUUAGAAAGCCAGCAGGAGGGAGAAUCCAACCAACCGAACCUGAUUCCAUCUUUUCAUGAGUGUUCCUGGGGGCGCUGCACCUUCUGGUUGAAGCACAAUCAGACAUCUUGGCACUGUGCUGGGAAUGUGCGGAACAUGAAGAUGGCCCCUCACUCAAGAAGCUCCACUGUGUGGUUACGAUGUGGACAUAACACAUGUCCCCUGAAAAGGGCAGGAGAGAUGGCCAUCCCCAGGCCACUGUGGGGCAACCAUCUAUCCUUCGUGGGCAUCAUGAUCCUGACAGCUGUGGUCAUCUCCCUGCUGUUCUACGCUCUCCUCUGGAAGGCUGGCAACCUCGCUGACAUGCCCGACCUGAGAAUUGGYUUCUACAACUUCUGCCUGUGGAACGAGGACACUGGCUCUCUCCAGUGUCACCACUUCCCUGAGCUAGAGGCCUGGGGUGUGUCUCAGAUUGGCCUGGCGCUGGCCAGGCUUGGCRUAUACGGUGCCCUGGUCCUCACACUCUUUGUCCCCCUGCCUCUCCUCCUCGCCUGGUGCAAUGGUGACAAGGGAGAGUGGCAGCUGGCAGUGGGCUUCUUGGCAAUGUCCUCUGUGCUGCUAGCUGGAGGCUUGGGCCUCUUCCUCUCCUAUGUGUGGAAGUGGGUCAGCCUUUCUGUCCUGGGGCCUGGCUUCCUGGCUCUGGGCCUGGCCCAGGUUUUACUCAUCCUGUUACUUAUGGCCACGGUUAUGUUCCCUCCAAGGGCCAAGAAGGACAAGUACCAGCUGUUAGACCCAUCUAAAGGCUUAAGUGAUUGUGAGGGUUAGUUCUAACUACAGAGAAGGUGCCAGAGAACCCAGGGGUUGGCACAUCUUCUCAGCCAUUUUGUUUCAUAGCUAAUGCCGUUCUCAAACCCCAGCAGAUAGAACUCUGCAAAAGGUGGGUCCCCAGUGUCAAGGAGACCAAGGUAGUAAGGGUGGCCAGGCCAGCUGCGGCUUCUUAGUAUAGGAUUGCCUGUACUUCAGGACUUCUGCGGACACCCUAAAAGCACAUGGCUCACUGCCACAUGAUUUCCUGCUUUAUUUAACCCAUCUGGGCAAUUCUUCCUCUAGCUUCAGGAGAUAAAGAUUCCUGUUAUGGAGUCAGAUUUGCAGGCUGAUUUAUAAGAGAGCCAAACUGGAAUCAGUGAAGGUUUAUGGGAACAAGUAGGACCACUAUGAAAGGGCACCUAGUAGCAAGCCUUAGUUCCUCCCUCAGUGAGGAGUGGCUUCCUGCAAUAAGCCCCUCACCAGGACUCCACCCCCAUGGCCCAGGAAUGGCUGAGGGACCCAACAGACAGAACACAUAUGGCAUAAAGAAAACUAGGUUUGGAAGGUCCCUCCACAAAGGACGAAGCAGGAAUCAGCUGGCAAGCAUUCCUAUCAUUGUGACCCUGGAGGAAGGGGCAGGAUGCUCCUGAUCCUUGGGCAGGAGAGGGUGGACUGGACCAAAUGGAUCCACACACAGGUGCUACAUCCCCUCACUUCUCCACCCAGAACUGGAAAGGACAGAAGCACAACAACUUGUGCACUGGAGAACUCUGUAUUUUUUGGCACCUGUAUGUUGRGAUACCUGUAUGGCAACAGUUUACUCCUUCUGUGCCUUUCCAAAGCCACACUGAAUACAGAGGCAGAAA